CUUCGUUUUGUUUCAAACGUUUCGAAUCACGACGUCACGACUCACGACGAAACGAAGCUCAAGAUUUAAUGUUAUAAAGGAAAUGGGACAGUCUCAUUUUGGAAACAUGCACGUGCCUGGCUGCACGAAAAAUUGCUCAACAAUAAAAUUACGAAAAUGUGGUCGCCGUGUGAACUCUGGUGUCGCGGCUCUUUAUGGAACUUUAUACACACCCCAUGCUGUCUACUAGCAGAUUUGAGGAUGAUCCUGCUAUCAUUACCAGAAGUUAUGCAAAUUUUUCUUAACAAGUAUUGAUGUGUCAUCAACAACAAUCUUAAAGUAUCAUGGCUUGAUAAACAGCAUCCUGUUGGAUCAUUGGAUGAUUGGAGAAACUACCGAUGUCGGCCUUGUUACGGAUCUAUUCUUCCCCUUUCUUUAAAUUUCCUCGUGUACACCCAUGUGAGUGUGGGUGUAUUCACGAGGACACCCUUUUUCCUAUCUCGCCUGGUGCUGGAUUCAACUUCUGCGGAUGGAUGGAGCACUUGUGGAUGCCUGGCCGUAUUCCCCAGGCUUUAAGAAAACGACCGGGUUCCAAAUUUCAAACCAAUAAUGGGUAGCAUGGGAAACAAGGAUCACUCCAUGCUCUUACAGCACCCCUUUCGCCCAAUAGCUGGAGUAAACGUUGUCCAACUUCCAACUCAUUUGAAAACAUUUUUGAAACCAAGAAAGACCCUUCCAUUCUUCUCUGGUUCCAAGAGAGAAGCUCUAAUUGAAGACUGGGUUCAGGAAUGUGAGAGAACCGCGGCGAUCCUCAGAUGGACGGAGAGUGUCAUGCUAGAAGAAUUUGCCAAAAAGCUGAGCGGCGAUGCCCGAAUAUUUCACGAAAAAAUUUUAAAAUCUGUCAAAGAUUAUAAAGACUGGCGCAAAUUAAUGACAGACGAAUUCUUUGAAAAGGACAAAGAGUUUUAUGUCAGACAAUUAAUCAAUUUGAAACAAAAGCCGGACCAAUCGGUUCGGGCAUUCGCUCAAGAGAUCGAUUCACUCAUGGUGAAAACCAUGGGUUUGGCUAUCAUUACGGACAAGCUGCACAAAACAUUUUGCCUGAAUACGAAGUUGGCUUAUUUUAGCGACGGCUUGCGUGAAGAUGUACGGGCACAUUUCGGCUCAAUUCUAUUGAAGAAUCGAAGUCGAGUGCCGUCUUGGUCGUGGAUCGUCGAGGCUUCCCAAGACGCUGAAUGGCUCAUUGACCUAAGGAAGAAAUCUGCUUACUCCAAAACAGCUACUACUCCGCAAUCGGCCAUUGAGGACUACACUAAGGUCUACAUCACCAUUUCGUGUAAUAAAGAAAAGAAUUUAACUGGAUACGGCCUCUUCUUUGGCGAUAACGAUUCGAGAAACAUCGGUGAUGUAUCAGCAUGUACCGGUAAUGCAACAAUGAUUAUAGCGGCAACCAGAGCAAUUAAUACAGCCAAAAAUUGUGGCAUGGAGCGACUGGCUAUUAACACUAGUUUGGAAUAUUUGCUAAAAUUCGUCGAUUACUUCGCCGUCCCUUGGUUGGAGCGAAAAUGGCGCAACGUCAAAAACGUGUAUUUAUGGCGCGAGCUUCUCACAAGCCUCGAGGGCAGCAUAAACGUCAAAUGGGAAGUUCCAGAUAAGAAUGGACAGGAUUAUACUGAAGCAAGAAAACUCGCAAAAAUUGCUUUGAACAAAUAACAUGUCAGAGUCAAUUUUCACAACUA